AAAGUCGGAAAAAAGAAAAUUGGAAUCAGAUUUCAUUACAGAAGCAGAUGAGUCAAGUUCUCUUACGUGGAAAUAAACAACUGGAAAACGUGAUAAAAAAAAUCUUGUCAACUAUGCAGCUUUCUUUCAUUUUAAUUUGAAAGCAAAUUUUCCAUAAGCUUCACUUUCACACAUUGGUGUGUGAAAUCUGAUUUAUUCUUUUUAUACUGCUUAUAAAUUAUUUUAGUUGUAUAUAUAUAUAUACAGACAUCAAACAACAAAGCAGUGUCGUGGCAGAUUUUCAGAGAGUUGGGCAUACGGCUAUGGCCACCCUUUGCAGGGUUCUUCUUCUCCUCAUUUUUUCAGGUGUGUGUGUGUUAGAUUCAUUUGUUAGCAUCAGAGGUCUCGGAGUGGGAAUAAACUAUGGCCAGAUUGCGAACAAUCUCCCUGCCCCAUCACGCGUGGCCUUCCUCCUGAGCUCUCUCAACAUAAGCAGAGUGAAGCUGUAUGACGCGGAUCCAACUGUGCUGUCAGCAUUCGCCAACACAGAAGUAGAGUUUGUGAUCGGGCUAGGCAAUGAGUACCUGCAAAAGAUGUCCGAUCAAGCCCAGGCUCAGGCCUGGGUUGAGCAGCACGUGAAGCCCUACACAUCCCAGACAAAGAUCAAGUGCAUCACCGUUGGUAACGAGGUCCUCACGGGCAACAACACGCAGCUCAUGUCGUACCUCCUCCCAGCUAUGCAGUCAGUGAAUGCUGCUGUCACCAAUCUUGGACUAAACAAGGAGAUAUACGUGACGACGGCCCACUCAUUCGGGAUCUUGAGCAGCUCGUUCCCGCCCUCUGCAGGUGCAUUCAGACAGGAUCUUGCAGACUACAUCCAAAGCAUUCUCAAUUUCCACUCACAGACUCACUCACCCUUCCUCAUAAAUGCUUACCCCUUCUUUGCAUAUAAGGACAGUCCCAGUGAGAUCUCACUUAGCUACGCGCUUUUCCAGCCUAGCCCGGGAAUGAUAGACACCAACACCAAUUUGCACUAUGACAACAUGUUGUUUGCACAGAUUGAUGCUGUUUAUGCAGCUAUCAAAGCAAUGGGGCAUAAUGAUAUUCAGGUUAAAGUCUCUGAGACGGGAUGGCCGUCUAAAGGGGAUGCAGACGAGGUAGGGGCUACCCCGGAGAAUGCUAAGCUGUAUAAUGGUAACUUGCUCAAACUGAUACAACAGAAUCAAGGGACCCCAGCUAAGCCAUCCGUGCCAGUCGACAUCUAUGUGUUCGCGCUGUUUAAUGAGGAUUUGAAGCCCGGGCCUGUCUCUGAACGAAACUACGGGUUGUUUUACCCGGAUGGCACUCCUGUGUACAAUGUUGGACUCCAAGGCUACCUUCCUCGUAUGGAAUAUUCAUCUUCCAAGAGAAAUGGGAUGCAUUUCUUGUACUUAUUGCUCAUUUCCGUUGCAUUAUUUCGGCGUUUUCUAUAGCAAGAAGGGACCUAUCACAAGCUUGAAGAUGAUGGAGUGAACAAUGAGGCUUUCAAAAAAAUCCUUUGGGUUGGAUUAAAUUCUGAGGUGAAAACUACGAGCUGAAAAGAAUUGACACUAUACAAGGGCAUUCAAGACUUGGUUGUAUACUAUAUGAUUCAGAUACAGUUUUAUUCAACAGCUAAUUCAUUCAUAGAAACUGAGAAAUAAAAGUCAUCUUUGUGGUUUAGCUGAAAUCUGAACAUUAGCAAGGGCCAACAAAGAAAGUAGCAGAGUGUUUUGUGUUUGAUCGCUUACAAUCCAAUCUUUGCAAUAAAAGAAUCUGACUAAGGUUUAGAUCAUAACAUGCCCUCUAAUCUACCUGUCAUUUGUAUUUAUGAUGCAAUUGAAAGUAGCUGCAACUGCUCCAUUAAUGUGAAUGGGAGACAAAUGUAUAGGUAUGAGCUUCAAAAGGAUGAU